AUGGAAAUCGAUGCCCGUUUUCGCUAUUACUUCCAGCACCCAUGGUCCCGUCUUGUGGUGGCCUACCUGGUCACCUUCUUCAAUUUCCUCAUCUUUGCAGAGGACCCAGUCUCACAUAGUCAGACAGAGGCACACAUGAUUGUAGUGGGCAACUGCUUCUCCUUUGUGGUGAACAAGUACCCAGGCGGUGGCUGGAAUGUUCUGAAAGUGCUUAUGUGGCUGCUGGCUAUCAUCACUGGUCUGUUUGCCGGAAAGUUCCUAUUCCACCGACGUCUGUUUGGUCGAUUCCUGCGUCUGAAGAUGUUCCGCGAGGACCACGGCUCCUGGAUGACUAUGUUCUUCAGCACCAUCCUUUUUCUCUUCAUCUUCUCCCACAUCUACAACCUCCUCUUGCUGAUGACAGGGGGCAUGGGACCUCAUAUGGUGACCGAGUACAUGGGCAUUAGGAAUGAGAGCUUUAUGAAGAUUGCAGCCGUUGGCACAUGGAUGGGCGACUUUGUCACAGCAUGGAUGGUGACUGACAUGAUGCUUCAGGACCAGCAUUACCCAGACUGGGGAAAGGCAGCCAGGAGGUUUUGGAAACAGGGGAACAACAGGAUAGUGCUUUUCUGGACAGUUCUAAUUUCCCUGACGUCUGUGGUGGUUCUGGUCAUCAGCACUGACUGGAUCAGCUGGGACAACUUGAACCGUGGUUUCUUGCCCAGUGAUGAGGUCUCAAGAGCGUUCCUGGCCUCCUUCAUCUUAGUCUUUGACCUGCUCAUUGUCAUGCAGGAUUGGGAGUUUCCCCAUUUCAUGGGAGAUCUCGACAUGAACUUGCCAGGGAUGCCCACUACCCAUGUGAAAUUGAAGCUUCCAGUUUGUAAGAGGAUCUUUAAGGAGGAGUAUCACAUUCACAUCACUGGUAAAUGGUUCAAUUACGGCAUUAUUUUCUUGGUCCUAAUUCUGGACCUGAACAUGUGGAAGAACCAGAUAUUCUACAAGCCAUAUGAGUAUGGCCAGUAUGUAGGUCCCGGCCAGAAGAUCUACACAGUGGAGGAGCCGGACACGCUCAGUGACUUCAACCGCAGCACGCUGACUUGGGAGUGGCGUUCUACCAAUGUGGACCCACGCACCAAUUGCACCUAUGUGGAACAGGACAUGUUUCUGCAUAGCCGUUAUGUGGGUGCUAGUUUGGAUGUCAAGUGCCUGGCCUUCAUCCCCAGCCUGGCCGCCUUUGUGCUCUUUGGCUUCUUCAUCUGGCUCUUCGGACGUUUCCAGGACAGUGAGACCUUCCCGGAAAACGUGGACAAGACUUACGAACGCAUCAAGCGCAAGUCACCCUCUGACCCUGGUGUUACACCCGAGGAGGUGCACGUCUCAAUGAGUGAGACGCUCAAGAAGGAUAGCACACCCAUGCUCCUCCUAGUGGACACCCACAAUUUUGGCACCUCCAACAACUCCAUCUCACCCAUCUCUACUGAGACACAAGAGACACAUUCCAGCGUGGCUGCUGACAAUCCUGCAGCAAAGGAACCUACGGUUUCCUUUGAUGUUAGCAAAUUGUCACCAUGA